UUCGGCUGGCUGCUAUUAAAACCAAGAAGAAGAACUACAGACACGCAUGCGCACUUUGCUGACCUUCUGGGGUAAGCAAGUAAGCAUGGCAGCCCGGACACUGAUGAAAGGACUAUGGGGGCUACGGUACUCACGGGCUGCUACGAUCGGGUUUUCCUGUGGUGGACAACAUUAUACCACCGCAGCGUCCAUCAAACCACCUCAACUCCAAACUGACGAUGUUUCAGAAAAAAUUAUGAGCCUGCCACUCCAGAAGCCAGACUUUUUCCGUGUGUCUGAGCUCUUCUCGUUGAAAGACCUGUUCGACGCCAGAGUGCAUCUUGGUCAUAAAAAGGGCUGCAGGCACAGGCUUAUGGAGCCAUACCUUUAUGGCUGCCGUUUGGACCAUGAUAUAAUCGACCUCGACCAGACCGUGGAGCACCUUCAGCAAGCCCUGAACUUCACCGCCCACAUAGCGUACCGCGGAGGCAUCAUACUGUUCAUUAGCCGCCGGCGUCAAUUCGGCCACCUGGUGGAGAGCACCGCUAAGGACUGUGGAGAGUACGCCCAUACGCGGUACUGGCAGGGUGGCCUCCUUACCAACGCCCCCACCCAGUACGGCCCAGGAGUCCGCUUACCAGACCUCAUCAUCUUCCUCUCCACUCUCAACAAUGUGUUUCAGCCGCACGUGGCGAUCAGAGAUGCGGCCAAGAUGAACAUUCCCACGGUGGGUGUGGUGGACUCAAACUGCAACCCCAGCCUGGUGACGUACCCUGUGCCUGGGAAUGAUGACACUCCAGCUGCCAUGGAGCUGUACUGUCGCUUAUUUAAGAUGACCAUUAGCCGUGCCAAGGACAAAAGAAGACAGAUGGAGCUACUGCAUGGCCUGACGGCACCCUCCUCACCAAGCUCGUGACAUAACAUAUUCUUAUAAAAUAAAAGACAUUCAAUAACGCAGUUAAGAGUCAAGACUGUCUGCCGCUCCCCUUCAUCUUGCAUCUGCACUUGGAAAAGAUCCGAUGUUUGCGUUCAGGGCCGCAGUGCUGUCUUGUGUUACGGAUGAAUGUUGUGUGUAUGUCACUCAUUAAUGUAUCUUGUUUCUGUAACAUAUGGUCUUUCUCAUUUAAUAUUUUUCUUACAGUAUAUCUUUAAAGAUGCAUCGCAACUAUGUCCACAUUGUAACUGCCGUGCACCGCUGAUACAAGAAUUUUUACAUGGACUGCCAUAUUCUGACUUUUGACAAUCUCAUUUAGACAGGACUUUGUGUUACUGUUGCAUUCAUGUUCACGAUCCCAGGCUGUAGAACAUAACCCAAACUAAAAUCCUUUUCAUGACAA